AUGCAGCAGAACACCCGCGCCACCCAGGAAUGCAACCCCGGCAUCUGGUCGCCCACCUUUGACUGGAACACGACUCGCACCCCCAAGGUCGAGGGCCACGUGUGUGACCAGUGCCACCGCAGCAUGUCCAACUCGGGCGAGACCUCGGCGAGCGGCGCCGGAAACUCGCCCAUGCUCGACACGAGCAAGCUCCCGGGCGACGUCAUGAGGGACAACGUCAUGAUGGUUGUUGACGACAAGCCUGGCAGGGGCUUCUAG